AUUCCCCUUAUCCUUAUAUCACACACUCAAUGCCUCUUAACUAAAAAAAAAAAAAACACGGUUCUUCUCCCUCAUUCUCUCCCAGUCACUUCUCUUCUCCUCUCCAAGUCGAUGCUCUGCUCUUCUCCUCUCCUCUUCAGUCGAUGCUGCUCUUCUCCUCUCCCAGUCGAUGCUCUGCUCUUCAUCCUCAUCGACUCAAGCUCCGGCCACCUUCCGUAAACCACCACGAGACCGUGAGUCGAGAGUGAACAUAUUCAUAUUCAUCUCGCAUCAAAUCCAGAUCUCGAAAUCCUCUGCAUCUCGAUCUGUUGGUUUUAACCCAUGAAAAUACAUUGAUUUUGCUGACCUAAUUUCAUUUCUCCAGAAUAUGACACCUCUCCUAUGUGCAUUUCUUAAUCAAGUCAAGGAAAAGAUAGGGAAUAAUAGUUUUUGCUGCACGUUCGGCUCACAACAAAUUCUCCUGUCAUGUGUCACCGACGAGCUGAAGUGGAAGCUCCACGAGAGCAGACAAAAAAGCAGCAAGACCUUUGUGAGGUUUGAGAUGCCUUAUAAUAUAUGGUGUGGAGGAUGCAAUUCUACGACUGCAAAGGGUGUCCGGUUCAAUGCAGAGAAGAAGCAAGUUGGGAAUUACUACUCUACAAAGCAAAACAAUGCAAGUGAUUUCCCUUCCGAGCUGGAUAUUUUCUAUGGGAAACAUAUGUUGUUCAAAGUUGAAGUAGCUGAGGGAAAUCUUAUACAUAAUUGACAUAGCUAUGUGGUGAAGCGAAUCACUGAUGAUGGAUGAUGUGGAUAUGAUAAAAAGGUUCAUGGUAUUUCAUAAUAUCAAGGUGCUAUGUCGAUACCAUAUCCUUAUUCUAAUAAUCACAGUUUAUGCGCACUGUUUAUAAUCAUAGCUUUUAUUUUAUGCAGUCAAUCACUGUUCCAACUCAGGUAUAUUGAUUUUAAAAAUGCAGUCAUAAACAUAUACAUACAAUGAUAGCAAAAUAGAUGAACCAGUUUAGGAUUUGAUUUUUUGCGGACUAUGUCACCGCUAUUUUGUUGUUACGGCUACCAAGCAACAUUAAUCUUAUGUUAUAGUGUUGAUUCCAACCGUGUUUACUUUGUGAUCAAUUCACUCUACUUUUACUGCUAUUAAAUCCGGAGCUUAUUUAAUGUUACAGAAACACUGUCAAAUAGUUUUUUAUUUUUAACUGCUAUGAUAUUAUAUAAUCUAAGAUUUAAGGUAUAGAGAAACUAAUAAGAAAAAUGUGCGUCUGUAAUUCAUGUAGCAUUUAUGUUAAGAAAUUCAUUAGUAAAUUUAAUAACUGUGCAUCAUAUAUUUAUUUGUAAAGUUCUGUCUUAUAGUAAUAUUUGCAUAAAAACAAUUAAUUUCUAUAAUGUUUUUUAUUUAUUCUAAAAUAACCGCAGUUAUAAAAUAAUUGUUUUAUAUUGUGCGCCCUACGCCUUCAAUUCCGAGCUGCUCAUGAUAAUUGAAUGUUGUUUAUUGUAUCAUGAAGGUUGAGGGCAUUGAUUCAUCCAAGUCUGCCGUUAAUCAAAAGGACACUGAUGUCAUCCAGGUUAAUGAUCGUGAGAAAGAGGAUGAACAGACGCCUUGCAGCAAAGUUGUAUGGAAAAGAUCAGCUGAGAAAGGUGUUUCAGAUGUGACAGCUUAUAAGUUGGAUGGGGACGAAUCUGCCACAGAAUCUAUCAAACUGAAGUGUGUGAAGCUUGAGCCUAAAAAUUAGGAUGAGUGUCAUGAUGCAGUCCCUUAAUUAUAUUAAUUUUACAAUUGCCUAGAAAUUUUUGUUUAUGUAUUUUUCUCUAUUGUUUUUGUUUCUUGAAGUACUAUUUGUUCGUUUUCCUUUAAGCGCCGGUUAUGGUGUAUGACAUUUCAUAUCCUUAUUUUGUUUAAUUCGAAUUUUAUCGUUUCUUGAA